AUGGAUAACUGUAAUCCAAUGUUAACACCAGUAGAAGACAGAUUGAAGUUUACAAAAGAUGGAACAGGGGAGCUAGUGAAUUCAACAGACUUUAAAUGUCUUGGAUGUCUCAGAUACCUGACUGCUACAAGACCUCACAUUAUGUAUGCAGUUGGAUUGGUUGGUAGAUUUAUGGAAUCACCUAGACAAUCACAUCUGGAAGCUGCAAAACGUAUUCUGAAAUAUGUUAAAGGAACAACCAAUUUAGGAAUCUUUUAUACUGUUUCAGAAGAUCCAAAGUUGAUUGGUUUUACUGAUAGUGAUUGGGCUGGAGAUACAGAAGGAAGAAAGAGUAUAUCAGGUAAUGGAUUUCAGUUGAUAACUGAUUUUUUCUCUUGGUAA